UUUGGAUUAAGAGUUUCAACCAUACACAUUACUUUGACAAGCUAGGAGCUAGAUUUAGAUUUGAUUAUUUUUGUAAAAGCUAAGGAAAGUUGCCUUUAAAAUCAGUGUUUAUCCUUGAGAAAGUUGAUCAGAAAAAUGUUUUCAUCGUUUCUUCGUUUCAUUGGAAUCGUUGGGUUUAUAAUAAAUGCCCUCCAUAAGGCAAAUAGCUGUGAUCUUCCUGCAAAAGGAAACCCAUACUUUCCAAAUAACUUUAGUUUUGGUAUAGCAACUUCAGCUUAUCAAAUAGAAGGUGGAUGGGAUGCUGAUGGUAAGGGUCCUUCAAUUUGGGAUGAUUUUACACACAAUUAUUCACACUUGAUUGAUAAAAAUUCAACUGGUGACAUUUCUGCUGAUUCGUAUCAUCAUUUUGAUCAGGAUUUAGCAGCCUUAAAGGAACUCAAGGUAAACCAUUAUCGGUUCUCAAUAUCGUGGCCUCGAAUUUUUCCUAAUGGGGACAUAUCAUCUAGAAAUCAAAAAGGAAUUGAUUACUACAACAAAAUCAUUGAUAAGCUCCUGAAAAAUGGUAUCCAACCAAUGGUUACAAUGUUUCACUUCGACCUUCCUGUAGAUAUUCAAAAAAUUGGUGGAUUUAUGAGUGAUAAAUUUAUUGAAAAAUUUGUUGCGUAUGCAACGGAACUGUUUGAAAAUUUUGGUGAUAGGGUUAAAAUAUGGAUGACGUUCAAUGAGCCGCAGAUUUUCUGCAAGUCAAGCUAUGCAGACGGAAGGUAUCCGCCAUUAGCUGGCAUUAGUGGAGAAGGAGAUUACAUUUGCGUGACCAAUACACUUAAGGCGCAUGCUGCAGUUUAUAAAGUUUACAGAUCUCGGUUUUAUGAAAAGCAAAAGGGUAAAAUUAGUAUAGCGUUGGGCAAUUAUUUCUUUUUGCCAAAAUCAAAUGAAACUGAAGCUGCUUAUCGUGCGUUACAGUUUAAUAUUGGAUUCUUAGCUCAUCCCAUUUUUCAUACAUCUGGUGGAUUUCCUAAAGUAAUGAUUGAGGACAUCAAAUCAAAUAGUCUGAAAGAAGGAAGACUAACAUCCCGGCUCCCAUCUCUCAAGGGAUAUUGGAAAAAUCUUAUAAAAGGUUCAGCUGAUUUUUUCGCACUUAAUUAUUACACUUCAAGGAUGAUGCAACGUGCCGUACAGCCUAAGGGUUUGAAUCCAUCAUGGGAACGUGAUAUGGAUUGUGACGAAUCCUUGGAUCCAUCAUGGCUAAAAGCAACCUCAGGAACUUGGUUGUACUGUGUUCCAGAAGGAUUGGAAGGUAUGUUAAAAUUCCUUCGUGAUGAAUACGGUGACCUAGAGGUUAUGAUAACAGAGAAUGGAUGGUCUGAUGUUGGAGAACUUGAUGAUGUCAGUAGGAUUCGAUAUUUGAAAAGUCAUUUACAAGCUGUCUUGAACGGAAUAAGUAGUGGAAGUAAUAUCACUGCUUACACAUAUUGGAGUCUUAUUGAUAACUUUGAAUGGAGGAGUGGAUACAGCAUCAAAUAUGGUCUUUAUUCAGUGGAUUUCCAAAGUUCCAACAGAGAAAGAACUCCGAAGAAAUCUGCCAAUUUCUACAGAGAAGUCAUAAGUUCCAAAAAAAUUCCAAAUGAAAUACAUGUAUGACAGUUUUAAU